GCCAGGGCUCCCUCACAGACCGCCGCACCCCACGCAGACCCGCCUGUGUUACGUGCUAAGGUAAAUCUGCAAGAACGAGAGCCCAAGAGAGCACAUCAAGCCAGCCAGGAGGCAAACUUGUCUAUUUAUUGGCACGUUUUAAAGCUACCAGCGCUGCGAAUUCACUGCCGGGGAAGCUUAAGCGUUCAGAUCCAGCGAGUUCAAUUUCCAUGAGGUACUGUGGAAAUGUUUCCAGUCUGGAACAAGGGUUAAUUUUUCAUCUAAAAGCGCCGAUUAUGGGCUGUAUAGGCUCCAAAACAACUAUUGUGGCAGUCGAUACUACCUUACGCGUGGAGUGGAAGGAAGUGAAGUCGGCCGCGGCUCUCUUUCCGCUGGGAAAUACUACGACCUCUCUGGUGCGAAGGCUGGCACACCAGACAUCAGUAGACAGCCCGGAAACUGCCGAGGUAAAUGUUGAAGACACUAUUGAAAUGUUACCAAAAUCAAGACGCGGGCUUACUAUCCAGGAGAUUGCUGCACUUGCAAGGUCAUCUUUGCAUGGUUUCUCCCAGGUGGUGAAAGACCAUGUAACCAAACCUACAGCCAUGGCUCAGGGCCGGGUUGCUCACCUCAUCGAGUGGAAAGGUUGGUGUAAGCCGAUGGAGUCGCCAAUGACUCUUGAGAUUGAUUUCAACUCCUACUCCGACUUAAGUGAAGGCGAACAGGAAGCACGAUUUGCAGCAGGUGUGGCAGAACAAUUUGAAAUUGCAGAGGCCAAACUCAAAGCGUGGUCAUCUGUUGAUGGCGAUGAGUCAAAUGAUGAUUCGUAUGAUGAAGACUUUGUACCAACUACUGACAGCACACAACCAGCUGGUAAUGGUGACCUUUCCAAGCAUUUCUGUGAUCCAGCAGGACAGCACCCUCAAGUGAAUUAUUCAAGAGACAGGCUGCAUAGCCAUUUGUGCCAACUUGCAGUGAGGCAGGCAUCAUGUGAGCAGGAGAGUGAUUCCUCCCAGACUGUCUCCCCAGAGACCCUUUGUUCAAGUCUGUGCAGUCUGGAAGACCAUCCUUUGCUUAAGAUGGAGCUGGGGACCCCGACUGAAUUAGCUGCAAAACUAUUUGGCCAGAUAGGUGCAAUGCCUGACCAUCGGGAUGUGAUUUCUCAGCUGCACCCAAACGGAAACACUGAAUGUGCCUUUAGGAACCUUAUCUGUGAGGACUCCUCUUAUUCUGUGUCUUAUGCUGAAUCUUGUUUUACUCCAGAAGAAGACGAUAUGUCAUGCCAAGACUACAAAAGCAUUUCUAAGAAGGAGGAUGGGGAGUAUGAGGGACGGAGGAAGGUAUCAGAUGUUGCUUCCUCAGGUGUAGUAUCUCUGGAUGAGGACGAUGCUGAAGAUCAAUGAAUCCUUGUGACCCUGGCAUGCAUUUCUCCCUUUGAUACUGGUCUUUAGGCGUCCACACAAUCGCUCUGUAUUUUGUAAAAGACUAUCCUUCGCACAAAUAAUUGCCUGAGGUUUGGUGCAAAGGUCCAAGCACUUCACAGGUUUGCAUGCUACGAAGUGCUGAAAGGAACUGUUUGCUGAAAUGUUCUUAGCACGGUAUGUAGCUCAAGCUUUGAGAACCUUUCGUACUGAUCUUUAAAUUACAUGCUACAUUAUUUUUCAUGCUGGAAAGCACUCUCCAGUCUCAACGGCAUGGCUACGUCUUGUGUUAAAAUGGCCAAAUUAUAAUCUUCAUACAAGAUUAAACAGCUGCUGGAAUGUUCUUAAAAACAGACAAACAAUGUCUUUUUAAAAAUAUUUCACCUGAGAGGUAUUUGCUUUUAACCUACUAGUUUUCUACCAUUCAACAUACUAAAGUCUGACAAAUAAUUAAUUUUCAAUGGUCUAAUGAAACACAUGGAAGUGUCUAAAUCUUUUAAAUUCCCACAGUUGAAUCCUCUAAUUUUGGAUAAAAUAGUUUCCACUGAUGCAGUAAAGGAAAAGUGCAUUAUGGUUCAAAUUUUAUAUUUUUGUAUUUGUGUCUGCAUCUUGUGAGGUAUUGCUGUAUAUUGGAUUGCACGGGGCUUCAGUGCUGUUGCUGUAGGAUAUUUCUUUGUUAUCACUGUGUGAUAUCGUCUACAAACAAAGAAUACUGUGGUAUUACUGACUUUCAUGAUCAUGCUGUUUAAAUUGCAAGUGUUUCAACAAACAUAUGCAUAACAAAAUAAUACAGGAAUCCUCCCACUCCAAUAAAACACAUGCGGCAGCCUGAAAUACUGAUUGGUGAGACACACUCAGAAGUUAGGUAUGUGAAACUCAGAAAAAAUCAACAGUAAAUUCUCUCUGGAAGUGAAUUGAUUUGACAACUCCUUUAGUAAUGAUGGUGCAAUUUUUUUCUUUCCCACUCUAUUCAGAAAGGUGCACUAUUACAGUAUCCAGGGCUCUCAUUAAACCACAUCAGAUCACAUACUUGCAUGUGAGGAAGAUUUUAGUUGAUGACAGUUCUCUGCCUUUAGCUUUUUUGUGUUGUUGAUGCUCUCUUGGCAUGAUGAUGGAUUGGCUAUGGAAAGAAAAUUCCCCCAUGCAAUGUUUUUUCUUGCCAAUGGCUGUUUUCCUGAAAAAUCAGAAGUCCAUUUGCUUCAGUCAUGACUUUGCUGGACCUCAUGAGCAAAAGAAGUCCUAUUUGACUGGGACUGGCAUUUUGUUUGUAGGUAUUCUUAAUUUUCUCAAGAAACGUCAUCUACUUUGUGUACUAAAAUGUUUUCAUGACUUAAUCUGCUCUCAAUCUUCUCCUGAAUAUUGAAAUAAUAUGAUUCAUUUCUGUUUUUGCUUGAAAAAUCUUUUGAGAGAAGUGUAUAGUACCUUCCGGUUAAAACAUAAAAACUGAGUAACGUUAAGUAAUCACUCCCUACAAUUGGAAAAACUGUUAAUCAAUCACUUUUCGGCCAUGGACAUUUGAUGAUAUUGCCUGUUGUUUGGAUGCGUUUGAGCCUGCAACCAAUGAUAUAUGCUAGUCUUUGUUAAAGUCUUUUGAUUUAACACAGCCAUUUUGCUUUGUGCAUCUAAGAAACCUUGCUGAAUAAACCAUUUCAAAUGAUUUUCUACACUGAUUAGCAUAGGUUACAGACUCUAUUACAAGCUUUGCAAAUAUUUUUGUUUCUCCUGAAGGUUUUAAAAAUUCCCAGUUUAAUGGAAGAUGCCACUGUGAAUGUUCUGAUGAAAUCUAUUUGCACUCAUUUAUUUUGUAAAAUUGUACAUGUAUGAUGAGGUACUGUUCUUUAGGAAACAAUGUCUUCUUUUGUCUAUCAUUUUCUUUGUUAUAGCAACAAUUAAGAAUUCCAAAUAAACUAUCGGUGAAGUUCCUUUUG